UUCUGGAACUUGUUGCUGUCACGGGGCGGGCCUUGUAGAUGUUGUGUGCUUAGUCGGGGGGUGUAACACAGGGGGAGGAAAUCGGGCAAAGGAGUGGGAGCCCCAACGCGCGGCGCUCCGAGAGAUGAGGUUGGCUUUUUCCCCUCCUGAUCUUCCUUUUUUUAAUUACUAAAUAGCAGACUGAAGUUUCGCUUCGGGAGCUCCGCGGACACCGCGUUUCUGCUUGAGGGAGAUUUUAAAGCGCUUCGAGUGAAUGCACGCUUUCCUGGCUUGUUUGUUUGUGGCCGAGAGUGUCAGCGAAGAGGGAACAGAAGGUUAACCUGGGAAGAAGGGAUGGUGGACAAUUCCGGUAGCAGCAAGGCACAAAUGCCGAGCCUGUCCCAGGAGGGCGGUCUGGGCAGCGGGCUUUCCCAGGCCGCCUCGGCGGGCGUGAAGCUGGAGGCCGUGAUGGAGCAGCUCCAGCGCCAGCAGCAGGCCCGUCUGGAGAUGGAGAGGAAGGAGCGGCACCUCCGCGAGGCGCGCAUCAUGUACUCCCAGCAGCUGGCGGCGCAGCAGGCCAUCCUGGCCGCCCACAGGGCCUCGGGGGCCCCUCUGGUGCCUGCGUUUCUGGGCAAGGGCCUGGGCGUGGCGGUGGGCCCCGGAGGUGGCCCCUUGGCGAGGGCGUCCAACCAGAGCAGCGUGGAUUCCGAACGGGAGGAGGAGGACAGGGGCCGGGACUCUGAGGAAGAGGAGGAGGAGGAGGAGGAUGAGGGGGAAGAGCGGAUGAUGAUGGAGGGAGAGGACAGCAGCGAGGAGGAUGUGGAAAGAGGAGGUGGAGCAGGAGGACUGGAGUACCUCCGCGAACAGACCCUGGCGCUGCAGAGGGGCGUCUCGCGGCUGCCCCACCGGCCCUUCCCUGCCUUCUCCUCCCCCUCGUCCGCCCCCGCGGCCCCCCGCGCUCCCUCGCCGCCCGUCAGGGUGAAACAGGAGCCCCUGGAGGACGAGAGCCAGUCCCCCCGGGGGCACCCCUCCUCCUCGUCCCCCAAUGGCCAGGCGGACUGGGCGUACGACGAGUCCUUCAAACAGAACGGAAACGCCUCCUGGACCGAUGAAGCCGAUGGUGGGAGAGGAAGAGGAGAGGCGUCCAGAGACUUUGCCAAGCUGUACGAGUUGGACCUCGACCCAAAUCGGAAGGAGUUCCUGGAUGACCUGUUCACCUACAUGCAGAAACGAGGAACCCCGGUGAACAGGAUCCCCAUCAUGGCCAAGCAGGUUCUGGACCUGUACAUGCUGUACAAGCUGGUGACGGAGAAGGGUGGCCUGGUGGAGGUCAUCAACAAGAAGAUCUGGAGGGAGAUCACCAAGGGCCUCAGCCUGCCCACCUCCAUCACCAGCGCGGCCUUCACCCUCCGCACGCAGUAUAUGAAGUACCUGUACCCGUACGAGUGUGAGCGGAUGGGUUUGAGCUCGCCCGGCGAGCUGCAGGCCGCCAUCGACAGCAACCGGCGGGAGGGCCGGCGGCCCAGCUACAGCACCAGCCUCUUCCGCUUCUCCCCCUCGCCCGGCGCCGCCCCCCGCAUCCUCUCCCCCCCCAAAAUGCCCCUGUCCUCCCUGGGCACGGGGCCCGCGGGGGGCCACAACGGCCUGCAGGCCUCCCCGGGGUCGGCUCUGAAGAAAGGCGCAGAGGAGAGCGCCCCCUCCAGGCUGGCCGGCAGGCUGCCUGGCAGGCUUCCCAUGGCACUGGCGCUGGGUCACCAGCAGGUGGCAGGCCUGGCGCGGGCAGCCACCCUGGAGCAGCUGCGGGAGAAGCUGGAGACGGGCGACGGGCCGGAGAGGAAGAUGGCGCGGCUGGCGGAGGAGCAGCAGAGGCUGAUGCAGCAGGCCUUCCACCACAACCUGCUGGCCAUGGCCUCGCAGGUCCCCAGCAGCCUGCGCCUCAACAGCGCCCGGGAAGAUAAACAGGAUCUGUCCCUCACCAUCUCCACUAACGGAGCCACCAGCGUCAGCGUGUCGGUGGAGGUCAACGGCAUUCUCUACUCAGGAAUGCUCUACGCUCAGAAGUCUGCUCCAGCACCGGCAGCAGCGGCCACCAUUCCCGCAUCCGCCACAGCGCCCCCCGCUGGCCCCAGCGGGGGGUUCGGGAUUCUCUCCUCUGCCCACAGCCCGAGCCCCCCCCCCUCUUCCUCCAAGGGCCCCAGCUCUGCUGAGCCUUCCGCCAGCAGCUCGCCCUAGCCCUGGCCGCCACCGGCACCCGCUGCCCAGGCUUUUCCACAACCUCCAGGCUCCAGCAGGGUCACGUCAGUACCUCAGUCGAUCCGCUCCACAGGCGGAAACCAAGCAACAAGUACCUCAGCACUCCUGUUGACCGUGGCUGUUCACACGUGUAAAAGCAUGGUCUGAAGCGAAACUACUCGUGUGUACACUCUCACACAGAAAACUCACACAUACACAAACACAUAUGCACGCACCCACAUCUGCACACACACACACACACACACACACACACACACACACACACACACACACACACAAAGGAAAUCGCAUGACACAGAAAAUGUACAACCAAAACCCUCGGACAGGUGUUCACAACUGAACUUGAACAUUUUUCUUUCUAAUUUUUACAUGUUUUGUUGCCAUGUGUUGUCUUUUGAAUUGCAUUUAGUAUAAUUCUCCCUUCUCUUUUUACAUACCUCAAAUCAAGUAAUCUGCAGUGGUGUAAUCAUGCAACUAUCUUUACCUCAAGAGCUGUAGUGUACUUUAGAUGAAUGAACUUUAUUUUUUAUAUUGUGUUCAAAUCUGAGGAAUCUUUGAUUUGUGCUAUGUUCUCCUAACGGGGAGCUUUCACUGAAUGUUUCGCCAUGAUGGUGGACAAGCCAUCAUAAUUCAAUCAGAUAGCGUGCUGUGAAAGCUCACCUUCUCCGUCUAAUGUUUUGAACAACCAUUUCAUACCAGACGUCAUUCAGCUCCUCUUCCACAUGUGUGAGGAGGGGGCUGUGGAGUCUUCAUAAGUCGGUCUGCUGAAUUUCUCGACUUCUGAUGCGAGAGAAUGAUUAGACGUGAGUUCUAUGCAAAAGCAAGCGUUCUUCUGGUUUGAACUGUAUCAGUUAAUUUGGAGGAGAAAACCAGACUUGGGCUCGCGCAAGCUUGUGGUUCAGAAUGCUGUCGCCUCCUCAGCUACAGCGAAGACGUCUAACCUCAAGCCUGCGCCACUCCCCUAGCAACUGUCACUUAAUAUGAAGUGGUGGCGGAAACUGCAGGGGGGCACCCGUCGUUCAGCCUCCCAGUGCAUUGUGGAUGUUAGUGCUUUCCCCUAAGGAAAGGAGUCCUGACAACAACAACUAAAAAACAAACGAAGCCACGGAAGGAUAUUUUUCUUGCUGACGCAGCAGGACCAGAUGUUUUGUAAAAACACAGUUUAUAUUUCAUACCUCACAAUUGCCUUUCCAUAUUGGAGAGCAUCUUUCUCAGGAAUCGGAGAGGUGUCCCCUCCCUCAUUGGAGUAGACUCCCUUCAUUAAAAACAGGACUUUGUACCAAAAUAAAAAUGCACAACUCUGUGAGCCUGUUCAAAGACAUACCUCAAGACUCGUACGGAGAAUGACGUACACAGCAUACCUCACGCGGUCAAGCGGACCGACUCGCCUGCCUCGUUUGAAACCCGGCAAUAUCGACGGUCCACGGAGUGUCAGCAAAUCAGGAACGCCGCACUCCGGACAGGAAUCCGACUUUAAAACAACUAUGCUUUGUCUUCAAGAAAUGCUGAGCCCUACUAGAAAGGCUCUUGCUUUCUCCGCCCCUUCGCUCCCAGCAGGUGUUGGUUAUUGUUUUUAUUAGAAUGCCCUGCCUCGUAGAAUCAGUGCCAGUGUUUCACGUCCCGCCCACCCUGGUGAAUGUUAGUCUCAGAUUAUUGCACAGCUGAAUACCAAAGACUGCCCCGGUGUCUCUCAGUUUCUAACGCACGCCUGCGUUGCCGUGUCGUCAUUCGUUGAGGCCGGACCCGGAAGCAGCAGGGACGUCACCCGAUUGGACAAUAACAGCCAAACCUGCUGCCUUUGCACGACAACUCUCAUCCGGUUCUGUGUAUUAGCUCUGCAUGCUGUGUGUGCCGUUUGAUUCUGAUUGGGUCUAACUGGUCGUGUUGAUGUUGCGUUGAUGGAACCAGAAGUGGUUUGGCGUUUUUUCACGGUGUCCAGCCUCUCGCUUCUGAGGCCGCGUCCUCUGGACGCACGUUCUCUGCACGUUCUCUGCACGUUCUCGGCACGUUCUCGGGCACGUUCUCGGGCACGUUCUCGGCACGUUCUCGGCACGUUCUCGGCACGUUCUCGGGCACGUUCUCGGCACGUUCUCGGGCACGUUCUCGGGCACGUUCUCGGGCACGUUCUCGGCAUGGUUUAGCCGCGUAAAACCCAGUCUCAGUCUCGGUGUGCUUUAAACAAAAGCUUGGAACUAUGCUCCAACAUGACCUCUCUUGACGUGAGUUGCACAACAACCUUAGCUAUAGCCUCUGGCAGAUUGGUUUGGCCAACUUAUUUCCAUCAUGACUAUUUUUUUGGAUUCCUCCCACUGUUCACCCACACGCAUGCUUAUUCAUACACUUCUGUUCUGGCACAGGGAACUUUUAAAGGAAGAUCAUUUUCUUUAUGGUUACAUGCCUGUUUCUCUUUGCUUUCCCAUCAUGGAUUUCCCAGAGCCUGACCACUUUAGCUUAAAUUUGCCUGUUUUUUGCCUGUGUUUAACGGGCCAGUUGACUUGUGAUAAUACACUAUAUGACAAUCCGUCACUAACCGGCUUUCUUCAAAGAUGCCUUUGAAGAUGGAAGGUGCCAUAUUUCUCGGAUGUAGUCUUGUCGAUACCUUAGUCAUUUUAACCACUCCUGGUGUUUUCCCCACGCUCUUUGUAGAAGAAAACCAAAUGAUCACGCAAGAUUGUAAUUUACAUCAGGUUUCAAAACUAAUUUUGUUUCCCCUCUUGCACAUGGAUUUUCUGUGAUACUGAAGUGAUACUAAAGAAAGGAGUUCCCAAGGAAACCGGUACUUUUUAUAUCACAGUCACUGAAGCUAAGAAAUUAUUGCCUGGGCCCUUAUUGCUCUGUGUGUGUGUGUGUGUGUGUGUGCGUGCGUGUGCGUGCGUGCAUGCGUGUGGAGAAGCUUGCAGGUGUAUAAACGUGGGUGUGUGAGAAAGUAAGAGACAAUGAGGAUCAGUGACAAGAAACCAAAUCUGGUCAUCUGAAUCCAGGUACAACUCAGGGACAGAUGUACAGAUGAUCAAACACAGAUGUAUUCAUUUGCAUUUUCAAGAUUUGUGACUGAAGGCAGUUUGGCAUUGUGUGUCUGUGGGAUGUUUUAUCUUCAGUGUCGGGGGGAGUUAUGUUCCUGUAAUCGUGUGUGUGUGUGUGUGUGUGUGUGUGUGGGUGCGGGGAAAUUAAGUGGGGGCAUGGCAAAGAUUAUUCAUUGUUCAUUGUUGCCUCAUACAAUGAAAGCAUUUAAUAAAACGCCAUAACAUGUGCUGCCUACAAUGGCUGGAAACAUUGUGCUGUACAGAUAUAAAUAGAACAUGAAAAGAAAUAAAAUGGGGGCUGGUGGUCCUUUGAUAGCUUCCUCACACUGUGCAUUCCGACUGACUCAAUGUAAAUUAUAUGGUAUCAGUCACAGAAAGAAAAAGAAAAACCUUUGGAGUUGGUAAUCCUUAUAGGUAAAAUUUUCAGAGAAUGUUUAGGUUCCUUAAAAUGCCAAGACCUUUGUGACUCUGCUUCAUAAAUGGACCACCGCAGGCCGAAAGGGCCAAUCAGAAGCCUGACGCGCACUACCUCAAGUCUGCCGUGCCCGUUAGUGUCUCCUCAAUAAAGGGCUGCCUUUGCGAUCGAUGAGCAGCCUGCCCCAUCUCCAGUGCCGUAUCAGCCCGAGCGGCUGAUCGAAUGUAUGCCCCUCGUAAGAGAUGAUUGACAGAUGAGCCAUCACACCUCUCAGGGACUUCCCUGGCUCUCUGCGUGUUCCUCAGCACCCCAAAUCCGCACCGCGCCAAACCGCAAGAGGAGACGGGCGCUUAGAGUGGCCUCACUUCUCCUGUGAUAAUUUUAAAUAAAAGGUCAUGGAAGCCGCUCUUGAUAGUGCUGAGCCAGGGCUAAACUAAACAUUGUUUCUCCCGGCCAUGUAAUUGUAAAUUAAAUAAUUUUUAAUCACGGCCAUUCCUCCUCUGAAGAUCUUAUUUAAUUGGGGGCAGAGAAUGUUUCCGCUUGCUGCUUGAAUCAGGGGCACAUUUAUUCAUUCUCCAGAUCCACUGUACCCAUACCUCAGGGCGGAGGAUUACAAUCACUGUUCAUAUUGCUGGUGACAGGGGGUUUUAAAGAAACUACUUGUGUGUACAGCAGAGGUGGAAACGUAGUCCUCACCAGUACUUUGUUCCAAUUCCCCGGAUGUCUUUUUUUGUUCUUCAGCCAGGAGGUAGAACUAAUUUCAUGGGUGGAAGAAACGUGUGGCAGGACUUUUGCUUUCUGACCCCUGGACUGUCCGCCUCCAGUGUACAGUGAGACGCGAGCAUGCCAAAAUGGCAGCACACUCACAUAUGGGGAGAUUCCUCCGAUACGGCCUGCUGGAUGCUAGGUUUAGGCGUUUUUGUGUAUUUUGUUGCUUUGCUUUUUGUCUUCUGUAUUUGGCGAGUUACCAUUUCUCAGGAAACGGAGGUGUUAAUACUCUGCAGAACAUGGUCUCUGGCCGGCUUUGGAUUUUGACGUUUUUAAAAAUUUCAACUGAACCUGGUCUGUUUAUUACAGGUGCAUAUGCAAGUGGUUAUUGAAUACCUCAUUUAUCAAGCUUUUUGUUUUCGGCUCAAAAUUGUACAACGCUCCAUUAUAAAAUCAAUCUGUGGGGGUUUGUGCAUAUUUUUGUAUUGUCAUUAACAAUAAUAAUAAAAUAUUAAUAUUA